AUGAAUCGAGGGCAGCCAUCAGUUUUCUGCUAUCCGGACAUGAAGGAGCUGCUUGAAGGCCUAUCCAAAGCUUCAGAAUUUGGGGCUGACUUCACCAGCGAGACGUUCCUAUUAGAUCUUCAUGUCGUGGUUGAACAGCUGCUCGGGUGGCCUUCUGCGUGGACCGGU